GACAGACAGACAGUGAGACUGAGACUGAACUGUGAUGAGUUUGAACAUCAGAAGCGUCAGCUGUUGAUACAGCCGGUGUGUGUGAGAGAGAGAGAGAGAACGAGAGAGAGAGAGAUAAAGGAAGCAACAGAACCGAGACGCUGAAAGGAUACAACUAUGCUGUGCUGUAUCAGAAGAACUAAACCGGUUGAGAAGAAUGAAGAAGCUGACCAGGAGAUCAAACAGGAUGGAAUUAAACCUGAGGAGAAUGCCCACAAGGCAGCCACCAAGAUCCAGGCCAGCUUCCGCGGACACAUCACCCGGAAAAAAAUGAAAGAUGGCGAGAAAGAGGAGAACGGCGCUGUUCCGGAAGAAUCCGCCGAGACCACUGAGGGUGAUGAUAAGAAAGAGCGAAUCUCUCCAUCUGAGGAGAAACCGCCGGAGGUGUCCACGGAAACAGCGGAAAAGAACAAACCGGCUAAGAGUCCCGCGGCCGAGCAACCCAACUCACCUGCUGCUGAAGUCCCGCCCACUGUCACUGCUGACCCCACACCUUCAGACACGCCCGCUAAAGAAGACGUGAAGGAGCAGCCACAGGAAGUGGAAAAGCCUAAAGAACCCGAGAGCGCCUCCGAUGCUGUGGCCGAGAAACCCGCCGAAGAACCCGCCGUAAACGCACAGAAUGAGGAAGAGGAGAAUGAGGAAGCCAAACAAGCCCAUGUGCCUGACGAUGCUGAGAGCCGUGAAACAGACCAAAUAGACCAAAAAGAGGCUGUUGAUGACUCCAAACCAGCAGACGAGGCCGUUUCAGACGCUGGCAAAGAAGAGAACAUUUGAACGACCAGUCCAAUGUAAAAUGAGAAAUGAAUCCACAGGCUGCUCUUUGAUUGUGAAGACGGUCUGUUUUUAUGUUUGUCUAUUUUUGGGUGUGGCAGUGAUUUUCUGACAUUUGGAGGGAGUUUUCAAAUGCAUCAUCGGCCGGACUCCUCCACAUCACCAAAAGACUCAUAACCUUCUACAUACUCCGCUUCUGUCACUGAUUACUCUAUAGUUCCACACACACACACACACGUUUCGCUCUUUUCUUGUAGUACGCCAGCGCUGCUCUUCAGAGGGACCGCUGCAGUCCGUAUUGAUCCGUUUGCCGGUUUGUUGAGCUCACUGCAUGAGAACUCUUCCUCCAGACGAAAGCAUCCUCUUGCUCAUCAUCAUACAUGUGGCUUCUUUUCAUGUCCUUGGUGUUAUGACAUUUUAAUUGGAAAUAUCGCUGCCUGCUGUUUAAAUAAUUGAGAAUAUUAAAUGAAAAGAUCGAAACGAGCGCCAGGCUUUCUGUUCAAGUGAGUGCAAUGUCAGGUUUGAAUUUAAGGAAUAAAUAGUUGAAAAUGGUUUCAUGUCUGUUUUCGAAAUAAAGAAAU